UGCCACACGUGACACGUCACACGAAAUGAGCCAGUUGUUUGUCCAUGUGGCACAGAUCUUCGUCUCUUUGUCGUCUGCUACUUGGCAACACUUCAUUCAAGUGUCGUGCUGCAGAGCAUUUUACGAAGACUUAUAGCUGAUCAUGGCUUCGCAAGUGAACGGCGGCGAGGGCCACGUAGUCGUGGACAUGAGGAGCGACACCAUCACCCUGCCCUCCAAGGGCAUGAAGGAGGCCAUGGUGUCAGCGCCCCUCGGAGACGACGUCUUCAUAGAGGACCCGACUGUCCUCGCUCUACAAGAUAAAGUGGCUGAAUUGCUGGGUAAAGAGGCGGCACUCUUCGUCCCGACUGGCACUAUGGGUAACCUAAUAUGUGUAAUGAACCACUGCAGGAGUCGCGGAAGCGAAGUGCUCUUAGGACAUCUGAGUCACAUACAUAUUUACGAACAGGGAGGCAUUUCUCAAUUAGGCGGCGUCCACCCGCGGACCCUACGGAACCUGCCUGACGGGACAUUCAGCCUAGACGAGAUGAAGAAGUUCGUCAGAAAGGACGACGUCCACUUGCCCAUUACCGAACUCGUCUGCAUCGAAAACACCCACAACGUCGCUGGAGGCAAAGCCCUGCCUCUACACUGGUUAGAUGAGCUGGGUGCGACCUGCAAAGCUCUAGGCCUGCCCCUCCACAUGGACGGAGCCAGGCUCAUGAACGCCGCUGCGGCUCUGCAGGUGCCGCCCUCAAGAGUCGUAGAGCAUUGCGACUCAGUCUCCCUCUGCCUCAGCAAAGGUCUUGGUGCUCCCAUAGGCUCUGUCAUUGCUGGGAGAAAGGACUUCAUUGUCAAGGCUCGAAGGCUUCGGAAGGUGCUGGGAGGAGGCAUGAGACAAGUGGGCGUCAUAGCUGCAGCCGGUAUAUACGCCCUAGAUCAUGUAGCGCCCACUCUGCAGCGAGAUCACGCCCACGCCAGAGCCAUUGCACAGGCUGUAUCAGAUACUGGCAGCAAAUCUAUAUUCGUUGACCUAGAAGGCGUCCAGACGAAUAUUCUUCUUAUUGAAUGCAAUCCAGAAGUCUUGUCUCCAGCUCAACUGGCGACCAGGAUGUCACAGGUGACCGAAGAAGAAGCUUCGGCCAUUGGCCAGCGAAUCAUUGCCCGGAUGUUCCAGAUGACAGAUACCGCCGUGCGAUUGGUCAUCCACUGUGACAUCAGAGAUGAGGAUAUUCCCUUGGUUAUCGCAAAGUUGAAAUACGUCAUUCGGGAGUUUGAUCACAAGAAAGGCAAAGCAGAGAAAUGAUAUUGAUCACAGAAAGAUCUCGUAUAUGGAAUAUGCCACACACAAUACACUCUUAUAGCCUACAAGGUCUCCUAUUUUUGAUAAAUCAUUCCAGCAAUGUUAUGUCUUGAAACAAAAGUGGUAUGUAAAUAUACAAUUUUACAGUGUAA